AUGCAGCUCCUACUCUUAAUGACAACCAGGCGUCUACUGCAGCUGCUCCUGCUGAUCUCCGCCGUGGCGACAACCUGUGCAGCUGCAGCCUUGUAUCCACCAGGCCAUGACCCAUGGCCUGACGACGAGAGAGCUCUUGUGGCUUUCAAGGCCAAGAUCUCUGGCCACUCCGGCGUGCUGGACUCGUGGAACCAGAGCACCAGCUACUGCAGCUGGGUGGGCGUCACCUGCGGCAGGAGGCACCGGUGGAGGGUGGUAGCCCUGAACCUCACUUCCCAGGGGCUCGCCGGCACCAUCUCCCCUGCUAUCGGUAACCUCACUUUCCUGCGCUCACUGAACCUGAGCUCCAAUGGCCUGCAGGGAGAGAUCCCUCCCAGCAUCGGCUCUCUCUGGCGCCUCCGACACAUUGACCUGGGCCUCAACAUGCUCACCGGCGUCAUUCCGAGCAACAUUAGCCGUUGCAUCAGCCUCCGUGAGAUGCACAUCUACAGCAACAAGGGAGUGCAGGGAAUCAUCCCAGCCGAGAUUGGCAACAUGCCAUCGCUCUCAGUUCUAGUGCUGAAAAACAACAGCAUCACCGGAACCAUCCCGUCGUCUCUUGGGAACCUUUCCCGGUUGGCACUCCUGUCCUUGUCAAGGAACUUCCUGGAGGGACCAAUCCCUGCAGGCAUCGGCAGCAAUCCGUAUCUCGGUUUGCUUGACCUCUCCCUUAAUAAUCUCUCCGGUUUCCUCCCUCCUUCCCUGUUCAACCUGUCAUCUAUUUCUCUCUUUUAUGCGGCUGUCAACCAGCUCCGUGGCCAUCUACCAUCUGACCUGGGGAAUAGCCUUCCCAGUAUCCAACAUCUUGGGAUUGGAGAAAACCGAUUUACUGGAGCUCUUCCGCUAUCACUAACCAAUCUCUCCAGGCUCCAGCUUCUUGACUUAGGAAUUAAUAAUUUUACUGGAGUUGUUCCUGCUGAAUUGGGCAGAUUGAAACAACUUAAAGUGUUUGCUCUGUAUGAAAACAUGCUAGAGGCAAACAACGAGGAAGAGUGGGAAUUUAUUGGUUCUUUGGCGAAUUGUAGCAGAUUACAACAACUGAUAUUUGGAUGGAAUAGGUUUGCAGGAAAACUGCCAGGUCCGUUGGUUAAUCUGUCUACAAAUCUCCAUCUGCUGAGGAUGGAACACAACAGCAUAUCCGGUGCCAUCCCAAUAGAUAUUGGAAAUUUGGCAGGUCUUGGGAUGCUUGAUUUUUCCCACAACUUACUCACUGGGGUCAUUCCUGAAAGCCUCGGAAAGCUUACACGAUUGCAGCAGCUAGGCCUCACUUCAAACUACCUCUCAGGACAUCUACCAUCCUCCAUCGGAAACCUUUCUAAUCUACUUCAACUUUAUGCACGCGACAAUAGCUUGGAGGGGCCAAUUCCACCGAGCAUUGGAAACUUGAGCAAACUUUUGGCCCUAAGUCUGUACAAUAACAACCUUACUGGCUUGAUUCCUAACGAAAUUAUGGAGCUGCCGUCGAUCUCAAUGUUUCUCGAUCUGUCCAACAACAUGCUGGAGGGACCACUUCCGCUAGAAGUUGGCAGUUUGGUACUUCUUGAACAACUCUUCCUAUAUGGAAACAAAUUGUCAGGUGAGAUACCCAAUACUAUUGGCAACUGCAGGGCCAUGGAAAUCCUCUAUAUGGAUGACAAUUCAUUCCAAGGAAGCAUACCUUCUACGUUCAAGAACAUGGUAGGCUUGACGGUACUUGGUUUAAUGGACAACAAGCUGAAUGGAAGCAUCCCUGGCAACCUAGCUACCCUUACCAACCUACAAGAGUUGUAUCUUGGCCACAACAAUUUAUCUGGAACAAUCCCAGAGCUUUUAGGUAAUUCAUCAUCGUUGUUUUGCCUAGAUCUGUCCUACAACAAUUUGCAAGGUGAAAUACCAAAAGGAGUUUUCAAAAAUUUGACCGGACUAUCAAUUGUUGGUAACAAUGGGUUAUGCGGGGGGAUACCACAGCUCCAUCUGCCAAAAUGCCCAAGCUCUUGUGCAAGAAAGAAUAGAAAAGGCAUACCCAAGUUUCUCAGAAUAACAAUCCCAGCAAUAGGAAGUCUCAUCUUACUUUUUCUGGUUUGGGCUGGAUAUCACCACAGAAAGUCCAAGACAGUACCGAAGAAAGAUUUGGCACCACAAUUUGCAGAGAUAGAGCUUCCAAUAGUUCCAUACAACGAUAUAAUGAAGGGAACAAAUGGAUUUUCAGAAGCAAAUGUGCUUGGAAAGGGAAGAUAUGGUACAAUAUACAAGGGCACGCUAGAAAAUCAAGCCAUUGUCGUUGCUGUUAAGGUGUUUCAUCUCCAACAAUCAGGAUCCUACAAAAGCUUCCAGGCUGAAUGUGAGGCACUAAGAAGAGUGAGGCACAGAUGCCUUCUAAAGAUCAUUACAUGUUGUUCUAGCAUCAACCACCAGGGUCAAGACUUCAGAGCACUAGUCUUUGAGUUCAUGGCUAAUGGCAGCUUAAAUCGAUGGAUCCACCCAAAUUUGGAUGGCCAAAAUGGACACAGAGCACCCAGCUUGUCACAGAGGUUGGAUAUCGCUGUGGACAUUGUGGAUGCUUUGGACUAUCUUCACAACGGUUGUCAGCCAUCGAUCAUCCAUUGCGAUCUCAAGCCAAGUAACAUUCUUCUCAAUCAGGACAUGAGAGCUCGUGUCGGAGAUUUUGGCAUUGCUAGAGUUCUAGAUGAAGCAACAAGCAAACAUCAUGUGAAUUCCAGUUGCACAAUAGGAAUCAGAGGUUCCAUUGGAUAUAUUGCUCUAGAAUAUGGAGAAAGGCUUGCGGUGUCGACAUGUGGAGAUGUAUUUAGUUUUGGCAUCACUUUGAUCGAGAUGUUCACAGGGAAGAGCCCGACAGAUGAUAUGUUUAGAGAUGGGAUAAGCUUGCAUUAUUAUGCCAAGGCUAUCAUGGAGAUAGCAGAUUCCAACAUCUGGCUACAUGAUGGAGUAAACAAUAGCAAUGAUAUAGCGCAUAUAACAAGAACCUGGGAAUGCUUAUCGGCUGUCAUUCAGCUUGGUGUCAUUUGUUCAAAGCAAUUGCCCACAGAGCGAUUGUCAAUGAACGAUGUUGCUGCAGAGAUGCAUGCUAUCAGAGAUAAAUAUAUUUUUACUCAAUAA